CAAUAAAUACAAAAAACCAUUGCCAGCUCUCAGGUUCCUUUAUUUGCAAGGAUUUGCAUCAAAGUUUUUAUUUCCUACUCAAUAUGGGGAAAAUUCAUUUCCUCAUUGCUUCUUUAUUGAUGGCAAAUUAUUUUAUGCUUCACCAAGCAAUUAUACCACCCCAAAAUCUCACCACAGAUAUAUCUGCUCUUCUUGAAUUCAAAAGCCAUAUUUCUUUAGACCAUUUUGGCUUCUUAAACAAUUGGUCUUCCACAACCUUUGUCUGCAACUGGACUGGGAUUUCCUGUGCUUUCAAGAACCAAAGGGUUGCAGCUUUGAAUCUUUCUAAUUGGAGCCUUAGAGGGAUAAUUCCUCCUCAUUUAGGGAAUCUCACAAUCUUGACUUCACUGGAUUUCAGCCAUAACAAUUUCAGUGGCUUCAUCCCUCAUCAGUUAGCUAAUCUGAGAAGUUUGAAACUGAUGAAUAUUGGAUACAACAACUUGUCUGGAGAAAUCCCUUCAUGGUUUGGAAACUUGCAAGAACUUCAGUUUCUUCUUCUCAACAACAACAGCUUCUCUGGUGUGAUCCCACUGUCUGUAGGAAAUAUCUCAAAGCUGAAGCAACUAAAUUUAGGUUGUAAUUUAUUGGAAGGAAAUAUUCCAAAAAGGAUUGGAAAUCUUUCCAAUUUGAGGACAUUAACUUUAAGAGGUAACCAGCUUACCGGGUCCAUACCAUCUGGCAUCUUCAACAUGUCUUUGGAAGAAAUUGAUUUUGCAGAGAAUAGCUUGUCAGGUAGCCUUCCAAUAGACAUCUGCAAUCAUCCAUUGGAACAGAUCAAAGCACUGAAUCUUUCAGUCAAUCAGCUUCAAGGUUCAAUUCCAUCUGAGUUAUAUAAGUGCAGAGACCUUGAGCAUUUGUCACUGUCCAACAAUCAGUUCAAUGGCCGGAUCCCAAGAACACUUGGAUAUUUGGACAAGCUCAAGGAUUUAUCCAUUGGGGGAAACAAUUUUACUGGUGGAAUUCCAAUGGAAAUUGGAAAUCUCACCAGUUUGGAGAUACUAAACAUGCAAACCAGCUUUCUGACAGGUGGAAUUCCAUGGCCUAUCUUCAAUGUAUCCUCUUUGAGAGUAAUAGAUUUGUCGAGCAACAGCCUCUCAGGAAGCUUUCCAGUGAACUUAUUUUACAAUCUUCCAGCACUGAAAGAGCUAAAUCUUUCAGCCAAUCAGUUAAUUGGCUCCAUUCCCUCCUUCGUUUGGGAAUUCAAGACUCUUGAAACUUUAGAUUUAUCCACAAACAACUUGACUGGUAGCAUAUCAAAGAGGGUUGGGAACCUCACAUCGCUCAAAAAGCUUUAUCUAGAUUUUAACUUGCUGACAGGUGAGUUACCAAGUGAGAUUGGUAACCCCAAACUGGAAACGCUUUAUCUUGGAAGUAAUAACCUAGCAGGCCAUGUUCAACCAGGGGUAUUCAAUAUGUCAUCACUCAUUCGGAUGAGCUUGGUUGAGAACAACUUCAAUGGCUCUCUCCCUUUUAGCAUGUGGACUACACUUCCUAAUCUUCAAGUGCUUAAUCUGCGCACCAAUAAAUUCACAGGGACGAUCUCAAGCCCUAUAUCCAAUGCAUCUAAACUCACCGUGCUCUCCCUGACUGAGAACUCAUUCACCGGCCCUAUACCUAAUACGCUUGGUGACUUGAGAUUCUUUAAGAGACUUUUCGCUGGAGGAAACAAUUUCACGAGAGAAUCUUCAACUCCAGAAUUGAGGUUUAUCACUUCCUUGACAAAUUGUAGAGAGUUGGAGGGAGUGGAACUAUCACUGAAUCAAUUCAAUGGUUUUCUUCCAACUUCAAUUGGAAAUUUCUCGAAAACUCUUACCACGUUCGAUGCCUUCGGAAGCAAAAUUAUGGGCACCAUUCCAAGUGAAAUUGGAAACAUAAGCAGCUUGGAAUCCAUUAAUAUGGAUAGCAACGAGUUCACAGGAUCCAUCCCCUCAACAAUUGGAAAGCUGACACGUCUGGAUCGUAUAUAUCUAGAACACAACAGGCUUCAAGGUUCCAUCCCAGCUGAGCUUUGCCAACUGAAGAUGCUUGGUGACUUGUAUCUGAACGAAAACUUGCUCUCCGGUCCAAUACCAUAUUGCUUGGGGGAAAUCACAUCCUUGAGAAGAGUAUUCUUGCACCUCAACAAUUUGACGUCCACAAUUCCACUGAGUUUUUGGAACCUUAAUGAUCUCUUAAGUCUGAACCUGUCUUCGAACUCUUUAAGUGGUGAUAUUCCCUCGCAGAUUCAGAAUCUUAAGGUUAUAAUAGAAUUAGACUUAUCAUGGAAUCAAUUAUCCGGUGAUAUUCUAAGUUCUUUCAGCGCUGCUCAAUCACUUGUUUUCUUGUCGUUGGCACACAAUACUUUUCGAGGUCGCAUUCCUCAAUCCAUGGGAAAUUUAAUAAGCUUGGAGGAUUUGGAUUUGUCUCACAAUGAUUUUUCUGGAACAAUUCCACAGUCAUUGGUGAAGCUUGGAGGCCUCAAUUACUUCAAUGUGUCUUUCAAUAGACUGGAAGGGGAAGUUCCAACCGGUGGACCAUUUGCCAACUUUACUGCUCAAUCGUUUUCGCAAAAUUUUGCGUUAUGUGGCUUAGCUAGGUUAGAUUUGCCACCUUGCAAAACAAAAUCACCUUCCCAUUCAGGGUCAAGGAACAUUUUGAAGUACAUUUUACCACCAAUUGUGUUUGCCAUCCUAAUGGUGGCAGUGGUCACAUUUUUGUUGGUAAGAAAAAGACGAAGUACGGAAAUAUCAAGUGAAAUAUCAUUGUUUCAACAAUGGUAUUGGCGAAGGGUUUCUUAUGAAGAGAUACUAGAAGCAACAGAUUCCUUCAGUAGCAGCAAUCUUCUUGGAACUGGAAGUUUUGGUUCUGUAUUUAAAGGGACACUCCUUGAUGGAUCCAUAGUCGCGGUCAAAGUUUUCCAUUUGCAAUUCAUGGAUUUAACCAAGAGCUUUGAUGCAGAAUGUGAAGUAUUAGCCAGCAUACGUCACCGAAACUUAAUAAAAAUCCUCAGUUGCUGUGUUAAUCGUGAUUUUAGAGCUUUGGUGCUAGAGUAUAUGCCAAAUGGGAGCCUUGAGAAAUGGUUGCAUUCCGAAAAUUAUUUCUUGGACGUGGUACAAAGGUUUAAGAUUAUUGUUGAUGUGGCAUUUGCUUUAGAAUAUCUUCACCAUGAUCACGCACCAGAUGUUGUUCAUUGUGAUUUGAAGCCAAGCAACAUCCUGCUAGAUGAAGAUAUGGUUGCACAUGUCUGUGAUUUCAGUGUUUCCAAAAUCUUCGGCAAUGGGGAAACUAUGAUUCAAACCAACACUUUGGCCACAAUUGGUUAUAUGGCACCAGAAUAUGGAGAGAAAGGAAUAGUGUCUACAAGUGGUGAUGUCUACAGUUUCGGCAUAAUUUUGCUUGAAACAUUCACAGGGAAGAAACCAACUGAUGAUAUCUUUGGGGAAGAAUUGAACUUGAAGCAGUGGGUUAGCAAAUCUAUAGAGGCGAACUCAGUUAUGAAAGUCGUUGACAGAAACUUAAUUAAGAAAGAUCCGAACUUCUGUCUGAUGGAGCAGUGUUUGCUGUCAAUUCUUCGUGUUGGGCUACUCUGUCUUAGCGAUUUACCGCACGAGAGAAUCGACAUGAGGAACAUUGUGGCCAGACUAGAAAAUAUUGAAGUCCCACUAGUUAAAUAAGUAUAGAGUUUGAUAAAAUGGAUGGCCAGACCACCAGUGCCCCACUGUCGGCGAGCGAAGGGAUUCGGGCAACAGAGAGGGAGCAGGGGAGGAAGAAAGAAGAAA